GGGCAGGGGGCGGGGCCCUGCCCCUUCCCCGCCCUGCCCUCCCCCCGGGCGUCACGUGGGGCAGGCGGAAGCGCCCGGUGGGGUGGGCGCGCCUCGCCAGCUGCGGCGAGUUGCUGGACCCUGGGUCCCCGCGUGGAGUCUUCCCUCAAAACAGGUCUGGACAGAGCCCUGCGGCCGGGCCUCUGCUGGCAGGGACCAUGGCAGAGGCUGGGGAUGCUGCACUGUCGGUGGCCGAGUGGCUGCGGGCGCUGCAUCUGGAACAGUACACUGGGCUCUUCGAGCAACACGGGCUGCUGUGGGCCACGGAGUGCCAAGGCCUCAGUGAUGCCCGCCUGAUGGACAUGGGCAUGCUUCUCCCCGGCCACCGCCGCCGCGUCCUGGCUGGACUGCUACGCGCCCACGCGCCCCCAGUCCCGGUGCCCCGCCCUGCCCCACGGCCUGUGCCCAUGAAGCGCCAUGUCUUCCGCUCAUCACCUGCACCCACUUCUCCACCUGAACCUGUGCCCUCAGCUGGAGAGGAUGAGGGGCUGCCCACCGCCCCACCCAUCCCACCCCGGAGGAGCUGCCUUCCGCCUGCCUGCUUCGCCGCCCCAUCUACCGCUGCCCCGCCCACCGCCGCCCCAUCCAGGGCCAUCCCAUGCACUGCCACCUUGUCCACUGCCACCCCAGACCCUGUGCUGCCCCCGCUGCCUGCCAAGCGGCAUCUGGUGGAGUCAAGCGUCCCACCCGUACCCCCCCGCACCGGACCGCCCCGCCUGCUGGUGAGCCUUCCCUCCAAGGAAGAGGAGUCAGUACUGCCUCCAUCAUCCCCUCUGCAGUCAGAGCCUGAGGUGUCCCUGCCCACCCUCCCCCGGGGGCCUCCACAGCCACCCUCCCCGCCUUCCUGUCCCCCGGAGAUCCCCCCGAAGCCUGUGCACCUGUUCCCGGAGUUCGAUGACUCUGACUACGAUGAGGCCCCAGAGGAGGGGCCGGGGGCCCCAGCCAGCGUGAUGGCCAAGAAGGACGAGCCCCCUCCGAGCCAAGUCCCACGGGCCGUGCGAGUGGCCAGUCUGCUGAGCGAGGGGGAGGAGCUGUCUGAGGACGACCAAGGGGAUGAGGAUGACGACGGCCACCCCUAUGAGGAUGUCCCAAAUGGUGAGUGGCAUACCAGCAGCCUGAGCUUGCCCUUGGCCUGCCGGAUCCCCGAGCCCCCACUACACCCCAUGGACUGGCUGCCCGGGGGCCCCACGCCCCUCACACCAGUCAUCAAGGCAGGGUGGCUGGACAAGAACCCUCCGCAGGGAUCUUACAUCUACCAGAAGCGGUGGGUGAGACUGGACGCCGAUCACCUGCGAUACUUCGAUAGUAACAAGGAUGCCUACUCUAAGCGAUUUGUCUCUGUGGCCUGCAUCUCUCGUGUCACUGCCAUCGGGGACCAGAAAUUUGAAGUGAUAACAAACAAUCGGACUUUUGCCUUCCGGGCAGAAAGCGAUGCGGAGCGGAAGGAGUGGAUGCAGGCCCUGCAACAGGCUGUGGCUGAGCAGCGUGCCCGGGCCCGGCUGUCUAGCGCUAACCUGUUGGGGGUUCGAGGCCCAGAGCAGCCCGACCAUGCUGGCAGCCUGGAGCUGCGUGGCUUCAAGAAUAAGCUGUAUGUGGCUGUGGUCGGGGACAAAGUGCAGCUCUACAAGAAUCUGGAGGAGUACCACCUGGGCAUCGGCAUCACCUUCAUCGACAUGAGCGUGGGCAACGUGAAGGAGGCAGACCGGCGUGGCUUCGACCUCACCACCCCCUACCGCAUCUUCAGCUUCUCCGCCGACUCAGAGCUGGAGAAGGAGCAGUGGCUAGAGGCCAUGCAGGGUGCCAUCGCUGAGGCCCUGUCCACCUCGGAGGUGGCCGAGCGCGUCUGGGCUGCAGCCCCCAACAGGUUCUGUGCCGACUGUGGGGCUGCUCAGCCCGACUGGGCCUCCAUCAACCUCUGCGUCGUCAUUUGCAAGCGCUGUGCAGGGGAGCAUCGUGGCCUGGGCGCUGGCGUGUCCAAGGUGCGGAGCCUGAAGAUGGACAGGAAGGUGUGGACGGAAACACUCAUCGAGCUCUUCUUACAGCUGGGCAAUGGUGCUGGGAACCACUUCUGGGCAGCCAACGUGCCCCCGAGUGAGGCCCUGCAGCCCAGCAGCAGCCCCGGGGCCCGGCGGCGCCACCUGGAGGCCAAGUACCGCGAGGGCAAGUACCGCCGCUACCACCCGCUCUUUGGCAACCAAGAGGAGCUGGACAAGGCCCUGUGUGCUGCAGUCGUCACCACAGACCUGGCUGAGACCCAGGCGCUCCUGGGCUGUGGGGCUGGGGUCAGCUGCUUCUCGGGGGACCCUGAGGCCCCCACGCCCCUGGCUCUCGCGGAGCAGGCGGGGCAGACUCUGCAGAUGGAAUUCCUUCGGAACAACCGGACCACGGAGGUACCUCGGCACGACUCGACAAAGCCCCUGGACAAGCACUACUCCGUGGUCCUGCCGACUGUGAGCCACAGCGGCUUCCUCUACAAGACGGCUUCUGCGGGCAAGCUGCUGCAGGACCGCCGGGCCCGGGAAGAGUUCAGCCGACGCUGGUGUGUCCUUAGCGACGGGGUCCUGAGCUACUACGAGAAUGAGCGGGCGGUGACCCCCAAUGGGGAGAUUCGGGCCAGCGAGAUUGUGUGCCUGGCAGUGCUCCCUCCUGACACCCAUGGCUUUGAGCACACCUUCGAGGUGUACACGGAAGGAGAACGGCUAUACCUGUUUGGACUGGAGAGUGCCGAACUGGCUCACGAGUGGGUCAAGUGCAUCGCGAAGGCGUUCGUGCCUCCCCUGGCCGAGGACCUGUUGGCCCGGGACUUUGCGCGGCUGGGGCGCCUCCCCUACAAAGCUGGCCUGAGCCUGCAGCGGGCCCAGGAGGGCUGGUUCUCCCUCACCGGCUCGGAGCUCCGCGCUGUCUUCCCAGAGGGACCCUGCGAAGAGCCACUACAGCUGCGGAAACUGCAGGAGCUUUCCAUCCAGGGAGACAGCGAGAACCAAGUGCUGGUGCUGGUGGAGCGAAGGAGGACGCUGUACAUCCAGGGGGAGCGGCGGCUGGACUUCACAGGUUGGCUGGCGGCCAUCCAGAAAGCAGCAGCCAGCUUGGGGGACACGCUGUCGGAGCAGCAGCUUGGGGACUCCGACAUCCCGGUGAUUGUGUACCGCUGUGUGGACUACAUCACGCAGUGUGGCCUGACCUCCGAGGGCAUCUACCGCAAGUGUGGGCAGACGUCGAAGACGCAGCGGCUGGAGCCUGCGGCAGGACGCCCGCUCCGUGCGCCUCAAGGAGAGCGAGCAGCACGUGGACGACGUCUCCUCGGCGCUCAAGCGCUUUCUGCGUGACUUGCCCGACGGGCUCUUCACUCGUGCCCAGCGCCUGGCCUGGCUGGAGGCCUCAGAGAUCGACAAUGAGGAGGAGAAGGUCUCUAGGUACCAAGAGCUCCUGGCGUGCCUGCCCCCUGUCAACCGGGCCACUGUGAAGGCCCUCAUCAGUCAUCUGUACUGUGUCCAGUGCUUCUCAGACACGAACCAGAUGAACA